UCACUUAGGCUGGGUCACGUUCCGAAGCAAGCUGGUCUGGGUCCUGGUCUGUGCGUCGCCACAAUGUGACAAUAACGUCUGUUGAUUUGAUAUGGAGGGAGGCGCUUGACGACAAAACCAAACCCAUGACUGCUGAGCACUGAGCGAGGCAAGUUGGAGCCUUAGCAUAGCAUAGCAUGCUAAGCAGUGUCGUGUGGGGAAACCUUACCUGCAAGGAGGUCGUGACGGACGCUUUGCUUUGCAGUGAGCGUGCACGCAAACAAUCAGCACCUUUUGCUCGUUUUUCCAAAGCAUUUGAAAUGUGUUGCAGCAUCUCAGUGCCUACCGGUGUCCUGGCGGAUGUGAUCAAUUUGGGAGUUGCAGCUGGCUCGCCAACCCCCGUGGACCUGUUUGCCAUGGGUGUCCCCGCCAGGGGCAUAAAGCUCCAGACAACUUAGCCGCUCGGGUCAUCGGGACUCGCAAACCCCUCUGCCACGGCAUUGAUGACUCCCGGAUUGUGAGGUGGCUGCAAUCGACCGGAUGUCAGAGAGGGCUCCAUGGGACAGAAGACUCAUGCGGAGCCAGGAGCUGGCCGCAUCCUCGACCUGGAACUUGAGUAUCUCCACGUAGCGGGGGCCGACCGGCAGGCUGGCGUCGCCGACGAGCCUUUUGCCAUGGACGAGCAGAGGGAGAGUGACACGGGCGCUACCGACACCCCUCUUGUUGCCGUGGCAGAGGAAGGCGCCAAAGAAGUCGAGCCGCCGGCAUCUCCCACUGCCGCCCUUCCCGCUGACCUCAACCCAAACGGAGGACGGAGCGGCUCGACUCCCAGCAAGAGCGGCCACCAGCCGCUCUGUCGAACCCAGUGCGUGGACUUGGGGACAGAAGGACCGCCCGAGUCGCCAGUCCAACCUUCAUCAGAGUGCCGACCCGCGUCUCAGGAAAACCCUGAGCCGGCGCCCGUCGACGAGCAAUAUCGGGCCAAACUGGGUUUUGCGCUCAAACUGGGCUAUUCUGAGGAGACGGUGCGGCUGGUCCUCUCCAAGUUGGGACCGGGCACCUUGAUCAACGACAUAUUGGGAGAGUUGGUCAAACGGGGCUGUUCAGAUGGCGAGCAACCGGUCGCAGCGUCCGCCUCCACGUCAUCGUCCUCUUGCUCCUCUUACGGUUCCUCCGAUUCGCCGGCAGCUUCAGGAAUGGACCCACCGUGCCCGUCAGACCAGACGUGCGACCAGGGAAACCUGCGCCCUGUCGUAGUGGACGGCAGUAAUGUAGCCAUGAGCCACGGCAACAAGGAGGUGUUCUCCUGCCAGGGCAUCCAGCUGGCCGUCGAGUGGUUCUUAGAACGCGGCCACCAGGAUGUGACCGUUUUCGUUCCUGCGUGGAGGAAGGAGCAGUCUCGGCCCGACGCCCCGAUAACAGACCAAGAAAUCCUGCGGCGUCUGGAGAAGGAGAAGAUCCUCGUGUUCACGCCCUCGCGCCGCGUGCAAGGUCGCCGCGUGGUCUGUUACGACGACCGCUUCAUCGUCAAGCUCGCUUACGAGUCGGACGGCGUCAUCGUGUCGAACGACAACUACCGAGACCUCGCCAAUGAGAAACCCGAGUGGAAGAAGUUCAUCGACGAGCGACUCCUCAUGUACUCCUUUGUCAAUGACAAAUUCAUGCCACCAGACGACCCGCUCGGCCGACACGGUCCCAGCUUAGACAACUUCUUAAGGAAAAGACCUAUGAUGCCUGAGCAGAAAAAACAGCCUUGUCCUUACGGAAAGAAGUGCACUUACGGCCACAAAUGUAAGUACUACCACCCAGAGCGAGGCGCUCAGCCGCAACGCGCUGUGGCCGACGAGCUGCGGGCCAGUGCCAAGACCUGCGCGACCACCAAGAACCAGGGCGACCUGGUGAAGAGCCACAGCGUGCCGAGCGGAAGGAUGGAGGCAAAGAAAGGUGUGGCAAAACGCCAGUCCGACCCGGGCGUUCGAGCUCUUUCGUACGGCGACGCCGAGGAGAAACUGGCGGCAAAAGAGAGGACGGAAAGCCAGAGGGCCGCCGAUUGCAGCGGGACCGCAGCGGCUCCAGGAGGCCACGGCCAGCUGACCCCCCAGGGUGUCCCUCCGGCCCCCUGCCAUGACCGCUACCCACACUGCGAGUCCCCAGACUACUACCCAGUGCCGCACGCCUACAGCGCCCUGCGCAUCUCCUCCAGGCAGAGCCCGGACAGUCGCUUCCCGCACGACGCCGACCUCAGGCUGGGCUCCACCGGAUCGGCCGGCUCCGAAUGCGGCAGCGAAAGCAGCGCCGACUCGUACGGCGAUCGCCCCUGUCACGCUUGCCAGGACGCUUCGGUGGACGACGCCGGCCAAUACGGCAACCCGCACGGUCGCCCGCAGUUCCGCCAAGCGGCAGGAAGCCACGAGCGCUGCGGCUUUCACGAUUACGCCGGUAAAAUGACCAACCCGGAAGCGCACGGCUACGACACGUGCGCAGGACCGGGCCAAACCUGGGAUCACAGUCAGGCUGCCAACACGGGCCCAAAGCCGCUUCUCUACCCGUUCCCCUUUCAUUUCCAGCACCAACCGCUCGCAACCCGUUCGAGCUGCCCGGCCGACUACCACGCGGCGAAUACUUCUCCGACCGGCCGGCGCCUAGCUCCGAGCAGAACCGAGAGCGCAUCCGAAUGUCAUCUUUACGAGCAUCAGUGCCUAUCCCAACAUCAUCACCACCGCAUGAAAGCUUUGCCCCCCUGGGAUAGUGGCCACUACAGGGAGCCGCCAGCUCUUCCUCUGUACGGGCCCGGUGGUGCCUACCAGAGUCCGGCAUCGUGGCACUCGCCUCAGUGGGCACAAGAUGGCUACGCGCCACGCCACUUGCCUCAUCCCGCUCUCCGCCCGGCUCCGUCGCACUAUUUAAGUCACCCGCUGCCCCAAUCGCCUCACCCACCUCACCUGGGCCCUUCCUCGCACAUGUCGCCGUUCCCCGGGUCUCCUGAACACGGCCGCUUUGGGGACGCCAGGGAGAAAGCGUAUAGCAACCUGUGCAACAUUUUCCCCCCUGAGCUGGUGAGUCGGGUGAUGGCCAGGAGCCCCCAUGUUACGGACCCCCAGCAACUGGCAGCUGCCAUCUUGGUGGAGAAAGCUCAGAUGGGCUACUGAAGCAUUGGCCAUCAAUCGGCGCCUCUACCAUCAAAAUUAAUCUGUGUGUGUGUGUCGACGGGCCCUUUUUGCGUGCUGAUGACAGCUCGUCAUCUUGUUAGCGGUGUGGAGUGAUCCUGUGGCGUGUACCUUAGUUUUAGUAAGGGAACUCUCUCACUCAUACAUCUCGUACACGGACCGCACAAACAUUUCUCUCGAUCUGUGCGGCCCUUUUUCUUGGCUCGGCUGGAAUCGGCUACAGACAAAAUAGUGAGUGUGUAAAUAUAUUUAAGGAGUCAUCUGUAGCAGAUUUCCAGCGUAAUCCCCAAUGAGCCGUGUUUGAUACAAAUUGUAUCAGGUCGCCCAUGUGAUGCAGUAUGAUCACUUGUCACACCCUUGAUGUAUGUACCGUAAUUUUCGGACUAUAAGUCGCACCGGAGUAUAAGUCGCACCAGCCAUAAAAUGCCCAAAAAAGAUAUAUAUAUAUAUAUAUACACUACCGUUCAAAGGUUUGGGGUCACAGAAUUGUUUGGGUGACCCCAAACUUUUGAACGGUCGUGUAUAUAUUUAUUUAGAUAAUUAUUUAUAGAUUAUAUAUAUAAUCUUCUGUCUUAAAAAAUCUUAGAAUAUAUAUGUAUACUUAUAUUCAUAGAUUAUAUAUAAUCGUAUACAAAUAUAAGAUAUCAUUUAUAAUAUUUAAUUCAUAAUAUUUUAUUAUAAUAAUAUUUACACUACCGUUCAAAAGUUUGGGGUUACCCAAACAAUUUUGUGACCCCAAACUUUUGAACGGUAGUGUAUGUAUAUAUCGCUCCUGAGUAUAAUUCCCCCCCCCCCCCCAAACUAUGAAAAAAAACCGCGACUUAUAGUCCGAAAAUUACGGUAGUAAAUAUGUUCCAGCUACUAUUGUGGAAAAAUCCUGUGGCAGUUUGGGAGCUGCUUUGGGGAGGUUUGGUUCAGGACUGCUUUUUUUUUUUUUUUUUUUUGCAGCAUCGCUGUGUCAAAAUGAAAUGAGGAAAUCCAGCUUUGCCGAGUGAGCACGGUCUUUCUCGACCGAUGUGGAGGGUUGAGAAUUUUGCAGCUGGUUGACCUGACCCGGGAUGCUGUUGAAUAGAAGCAAAUCCAAAAAUGUGUGUAACAAUGAAGCGCCUUCACUCGGGCCUGCUGGCACCGUGUGUCAGUGUGGCACCCGAGGGUGGGCCCAAAGUAAUGCCUCUUGGCGGCAUGGUGCUUACGACACAUCCGAUACUCUGAACUAUGUUCAGCUAACUGUUGUUGUUUUUCCCCGCGCCUUCCAUGUGUUUUUGCGCCGACUCGAUUCAGCAACAUCCAGUUACUCCAACGACCCUGUAAGGAUUUUACGAUUGUAACUGUAGCUGGGAUUGAUCGCCACCAUUGAAUAAAAUGUUUCACAUCUUAUUUUUGUGGUUUUCACCCGGGGCGGAGAAAGUCGUUUCUGGGAACGUAUGGGAACUUAAACGACACAUAUUUAGAAUAUUUGUAGCUCUAGAAUAGAUGGCCGUGACAAGGUUGCAUUGAAAACUUCCUGGGCGGGGCCAGUGAGCGAUUGAAAUAAAGACGGCGUGAUGAUCUACGGCAGUGGCAGGUUUACUAAACCUGUCAUCAACUCCGAGUUAACAUGUCCCUAAAGGACUGCAAGUGGAUGCUCAUUGUUCUAACCCUGUUUGGACUCAUUGUUCUGCUGCGCAACAUCAUCACUGAGGAGUUGGAGUGCCUGGGAGAGCGGAGGCUUCGUGGCCGUUUGUCUGCCGUCGAUCAUCGGACACAAAGUAUGGCUGCGGAUCGAGAGUGGCCGAUUCGGCUGGAGUUUGUUUUCUCUCCCUCUCCACCCCCUCCCUCCCCCCUCCCCGGCCGGGGAGGUGGUUAGGUGGUACCCAUGCUGACAGCGGCUAUCUGGAUUCUCGUGGCCAAUUCAGGAUAGGGGAACUGCAGCUCAACCUCCUCGAAGAGCACUGCCAGGACAAUUGAGGGCUCCUUUCGGCAGCCCUCUGCUGUGACAUGGACAUCCACUUUUUAUUUAAUUGAUUUUCAUGUUGUAUCAUUUGUGCCCUCUCUGCAUCCAUUUCAACCUGGUGAUCCUGAAAGGGGGAUCCUUCCAUCUGUGGUCCCUUCUCAAGGUUUCUCAUUUUCCCCCUGCUAGGGGUUUUUAAGUUUUUCCUUGCCCUUUUGGGAGCUUAAGAUCAGGGGAUGCUUUGAGAAUAAUUGUCAAUUUCUGUCUAUGUGAAGCCCUUUGAGACUGCUUGUGAUUUAGGGCUAUACAAAUAAACUUGACUUGACUUGA